CGGUCGAGGGAUGCAGGUGGCUGUUCGGAGCACAUGGUGAAGCAGCAGCUCUCCUCGCUCAAUUACCUCGGCAAACUCCUCGACACCCAAAUCGCCCGCCUUCAGUCGGGCGGCGACACAGGUCCUGAUUAUUCGAGGCUCCUCCUCGGCUCGCCAAAGCUCUUCCAGCUGCCGCUUGAUGUGAUACUGAAGAACAACAUCGCCCUCAACUACUUCUUGGACUACAUGCGUACGGUCGGACAGCAGGCUUAUUUAUUUUUCUACUUGAACAUCGAAGGCUGGAAGGCAUCGACGGAGCAGCAGAUGAUGGACAUGUCGCAGAACUCUAGCUUCGACAACAGCGAGGCGCUACUCGCCGAGCAGUACAGUGCUGCGAAGCAGGUCCUCGAGAGGAUACGCGAAGCGGCUUACAGCAUAUUCGAGGAGUACCUCACAGAUCAGUCAUCCUGCCGUAUUCAGAUAGACGAGAUGGUCUCAAAACGGCUCCUGAACAAAAUCAAGAUGGAGAGGCCGAACGAAAAUUGGUUCGACGAAGCUCAAGCGUGCAUCAUAGACAAAAUGCAGAAUGACGAACUUUGCCUGUUGGGUUUCCGUUCUUCUCCAGGUUACAUCAAGCUCCUCUCUGAGCUGGACCUCCUCAGAGGCGGUUUUGACCUCAGCCUCUCAUCUUUAACUGGCGAGAUCGAGGUCGAGGACGCGACAUCCCUCGAUCGAAUCAGCCUCAACUCGGACACGGCAAGCCUGCCUGAAUUCAUAAUAUGCCCGAACAAUAGCGUUGAUGUGGACAACGCGAGUGGAGGGAGCCCAAACAAUCUCACAAGCGAGAUCAAGCCCUCCGGACCUUUCACUAUCUACGCGGAGAUCAUCGAGACCGGUCUCAUGCACGAGAAGGGCAAGACUUUUGGCGUAUAUGCCGUCUCCGUGUCGAAGAAGUACGAAUCCGGACACAGGGAGAGCUGGCACAUCUACAGAAGGUAUUCAGACUUUUACGAACUGCAUCAGAAAAUCAAAGACAAGUAUCCAGAAUUGUCGAAGCUGUCGUUCCCCGGGAAGAAGACAUUUGGGAACAUCGAACGUAAGACGCUGGAGCGUCGUAUGAUCCACCUGAACAACUAUAUGCGUUCCCUCUGCGAACCGGGGCUCCUCGCGUCCAAGCCGGGCCUCCUCCCCAUCCUCAUGUGCUUCCUCAGCAGGACUGAGUACAGCGCUACCCAGAACUUUUCAAGAACGUUGGAUUCACUUUUCAGGAUGUCGAUGCAAGCUGUGCGCACGGUGCCAGACUCGGUCCUCAGCUCGGUCGACGGCAUGGUAGACAACCUGUCCAGGGUGCUCCAAGUGAGGACGGCUGCUUCCUCCAAAGACGCCAGGCCCGAAACGCUCAAAGUCAGCGCUUCCAUCGACACCGAGACAGCGGACAACAUCCCGAUGAGGAUCCUCCUCCUCCUCAUGACCGAGGUUUUUGAGCUGAAAGCCUCCUCGCAGUGGCUGAGGCGCCGACUUGUCAUCCUCCUCCGGCAAAUCGUACGUACGAUGUUCGGUGACAUAGUGAACAGGAGGAUCCUCGAGUACGUUGGACUGCUCACAUCCCCGGACCGGGUCGCCUCCUACCUCACCUCCUUCAAGGAGGCCCUCUGGCCGCACGGCAUGCAGGUGGAGCCUUCCAUGCCCCGAGACCCCGCCACAAAGAUGAGGACCAGGGUCGCCGCAAAGGCCGCUCUACUCUCAAGUCUUUCUGACGACAUCAAACAUAUACUUGGCUCCGAGACGACCCUCACCGGUGUCCUGUCCGUCUUCAACCUUCUCCAGAUCGCGAGGCUCAACACAAGAUUCUGCUGCGUCCUCCUCGAAGGCGCAAUCACGAACAUGUUCGCCGGCUCAUCCCCGGCCGUCGUCAAGCUGCAUGUCAAGUCGCCCAGGAUCGAGGAGGCGGCCGCUGCGGCGGCAAACCAGUGAUUCUUAAACUUAAAUUUUUCUAAGUUACUUAAAAAAAAGUUGUGUCGAUCAUCUUAUUUAACGUGAUUUUUCUAUAGAAACCAUAAUAAAACUGUCUGAACCUAUUUCGAGGAGGUUCUUUGAUGCACUGAGCCUCUCAAGAUUAAAGAUUCAUUGAUUCACCAUACCGGUUCAUGUACAAGCUGAAAGAGCGAUUGAUUCACUGAACAGGUUCUUCUACUAUGUAUAUAAUAUAUUUAUUAUUAUGUAAAUUAAGUUGUAAGUACUCCUUAAAACAAAAAUUGUAUAUUUUUCUAAACUUAUUAUUUAUAAAAUAUCUAGUCGAAUCAAUUAUAUGUUAUGUGAAAAUGAUUUAUGUUUCUAUACGUAUAUUUGUUCGAGUAAACGUAUUAUUGAGAAGCGAGUUUUGAUUUUUUUAAAAUUACAAAACGUCCUCUAUUUAUGUAAGAUUAAUUACACAAGAAAAGAGUACUGUAUGAAAUUCAAUGCGAGAAUCGAUUGAUGAUCGAUACAGUUCAAUAAUCGAUUGAUCAUUGAUACAAUUUGAGAAUGGACUGAUGGUCGAUCCAAAGCGACAACCGUUUGAUAAUCGAUACAACCUGAGAAUCGAUUGAUCAUAAAUACAUUUCGAUAAUUGAUUCAAAUUUGAGAAUUGAUUAAUGAUCGAUAGUUUGAGAAUUGAUUGCUGGUCGAUAGAGAUUGACAAUCGUUUGACCAUUGAUACAAUUUGAGAAUUGAUUAAAUAUCGAUACCGUUCGGGAAUAGAUCCACCUGAGAAUCGAUUCGGUAGAAAACGGAUGUGGUAGUCGAUACGGGUUCGAAUCGAUUCAAUUCGGCUCGAAGUGAUAAUCUAUUCAGUUCGAGAUUCGAUACAAUUUGAGAAUCGAUUAGGUCGAGAAAGGAUGUGAUAAUUGAUACAGGUCGAGGAACGAUUUGAUUAUCUGAUUUGUUAGAAGGAAAACGACACAUUUGAAAUAAUUUAUAUAUAACAAUUUUGUUUCGAGGAGGGAGAAUUGUUUAACCGGGAUUUUCCUUUCCCCCCUCCCCUUGUACAUAAAUUUAUUUAAAUUUCAUUUAUCUCUUAUUUAUUGCGGAAUCGAUUAAAAAUCUGGCAGUAUGGGUGGACAUGUGCAGAC